UCUUGACCUUGCGUUUGCUGAUUUGCAAAGUUACAAAUAUCUGUGCCUGUGGAUACCAACAGUCGAUAUAGACCGCAUAACAUUUACGUGAUUACAAGGAAUAUCAACAUUGAAGUUUUGGUGGCAGUGUCUGGAUUUAUUGAUUGGUCUGGAUGUUGGGACUACGCAUUCUGUCCUGUAGGUCACUGAAGCAGCCAUAACCAGUCAGCAUCCACUGCUCCUGUACAACCAGGUAAGUUCCAGAUACACCAACUCUAGCCAAUGUUCAAGUAUACAAGGAAAUGAAACUACAUACCAACUCAAGAGGAUACCAAGAGAACCACAUGAAAACAAUAUCAGACAUUACAAACAUGACUAACAGACUUAACACUGAUGGUUCUAUGGAGAAGGUCAGAAAGUUGCUGCAAAGUCCUGGGACAAGGAGGAAAAUCACAUCAAAUGCCCGUAAAACAUUUCGAGUUCCCCUGGAUGAGCUUGUUCAGCUAGCUCCCACGGGAUCCAUUGUGCCUUUCCUGGUGACUCGAGUGUGCGAGCAUAUCCAAAAUAAAGGCUUUGAUCAUGAGGGUAUUUUUCGUAUCAAUGGAAGUGCCCGUGUCGUGGAGAAACUGCGUGCCAGUUUUGACAGUCAAGGAAAUGCUGACCUGGAAGAAGACAAUGACAUCAUGGCCAUUGCAGGCCUGUUGAAGCUUUUCCUCCGAGAGUUACCUGAUGCUGUGAUACCCUCUUCACUUACAAAGCAAUUUGUCAGUAUACAGGAAGCUUGUAUGAAUGACACGUCUGCCUGUAUCUACAAAUUAAAGAUGGCUGUCAUAAACUUGCCCAAGGACAACUACAACCUGCUCAAGUACAUCAUGAGUUUCUUGGUCGUGGUAGCCUCGUACGAGAAACAGAACAAGAUGAGUCCUAUGGCUUUGGCCAUUGUGUUUGGGCCAAAUCUAUUUAAGUGUGGAAUGGGAGUGGUGGGUCUGAAGGACCAAGGAACAGUCAACCAGAUUGUCUACAAGUUCAUCUUCCAUUACAACGCCAUAUUUAAGCUGGAACAGGAGAACAGUCCAGAGGAUUUCUGGCUGCACAGAAGAAAACAGAAAACUCCCCCUCCACGCCCUCCCCCUCCCAAGCUUCAGGUCGUGGACGUAGAGGCGCGACCCGUGGCCACUCCUAGAAAGUCCAAACUGGAUUAUGACAGCACCCAUUACCAGGACCAUGAUGACUGGGAUCACAGUGAGGGUUCAUCCUCAACUAAUCUCCGGCCUGUAAGUCCACGCUUCAGUGACGACGAGUUGGUCGCUGGACGUGCCUCGCCAUUCAUCCUUGACAGUGAUGGUGGAUACAGUAUAAUAGAAUCCCCUAUACCAUCAGCCAGGACAUCAGAGACGGUGGAGAAAGUCAUCACACAGACCAUUACAGACACACUAUUUGGUGACGAGGACCGAUCCUUUGUCCGGGAUAGUCUGGACUUCCCAAGAGAGCCUAACACAGAGGAAGAUACAGCAACAGACACAUCAAUAGGCCAGUCAGGAGGUGUAGGGAUGGACACCCAGGAGGACUCCAGUGGUAACAGUCGGAUGGAUGAAGAGGCUGUUCCUGCUGUUCGGGACAGGAUCAAACAAUUUGAGGACAGGCCAUCAGAGGGUUCGGACAUUACCAAAGUCAGCAAACAGAGGCCAAGCUCUUCUGCCUUCAAUUUCUUUGAAGAGAAGGGGAUCAUUAUCUCACAGAGACCCAAAUAUGCUGAUAAUGAAGACGCUGGUGAUGGAAAAGAAAAUGGUGAUAAAGCAAUGAGGAGCAGCGAGGACAAAGAUGAUGACUUUGAAACUGUGAGCAGGAGGAACUCUGGAACACUUUCAAGUUUUAAGAGGCCUGCCGGACCAGCUAACCGACGCUCACCGACCCGCAAACAUCGCACCAGUGUCGAGGAAGUGGACUUUGAUGAGGACAUUGAUCAGCUAUUGGAAGAUACAGGAACUAAGGUAGUGAUCGAGACCAUACCUCAUAACUCCACUCAGAACGCAGCUGCCACCAGGCAGGAGGCAGCUCUUGUCAAUGGGGGCAUUCCUAAGCCUCGUGUUGCUUUUCUAGAACUGGCCGCAACAGAGAUUAGACGCAAUGGUGGCUCUCCAAACAGAUCUCCAAACAGAUCCCCCAACGAUUCACCAUCAAAUAGCCGGAAGCCCUUUAUUCCUCCUCUCGAUCUCUCCACGCUCCAUCAACAUAUUGACAGCUCAGAUGCUAUCCUGGCCCAUAAGGGGCAAUCGGUGUCAUACCUGCGCGCAGAAUCACAACUUAAUGGUGAUGACAUCACCGACACUCAUGUUGUCAUUUCGCCACGUUCAGGCAAACUCAACAAACGCAAAUCAGAUGUGCCUGACAAUCAUUUUGCUGACCUGGAAGCCCAGCUUUCUCCGAGUGCUUGUCAGACUGGUCUUUCCACGAGUAUUGCUAAUACAGACAUUCCACCCUCACCCCCUGUUGGACAGGAACAAUACAAGAAACACAGUACUGGCAGUGCAGAUGAUGAAUAUACAGUCAAACUUAGAAUGUAUACUAAGAAAAUCCAAGGUCUAAAGAAGAAAAUUAGGCACUAUGAAGAAAACUUUGAAAGAGAAAAUGGCUUCAAGCCAUCCCACGUGGACAAAACGAACAAACCUGAGGUGAAGAGGUGGAUGGGAGACAUCACAAAGGCCAAGAAAGAGAUCAAAAAGCUGAAAGAGGAGGCCGAGAUGGGUAGUAGAAGUCGACAUGGGAGUGGUACCUCGUCCAGCGGUGAGAGAGGUGAGCCCCCAGAUCUCCCUCCCACCAUGGAGCAGACUCUGAUGGCCAUUCUACAGAGACUGCAGGAAAAACGCAAGGAGGUUCAACGGCCGGAGGAUGUCAAUAUUAUGAACAGAGAACAAGUACAGGAUGAGAAACUGUCCGUGCAGAAAGCUUUGUUACACUUUGAAAGCAUUCAUGGCCGACCACGGACAAAGGAUGAUAAAGACCUCAUGCGGCCACUGUAUGAUAGAUACAGAACUAUUAAAAGACUGCUGUCAAAACCCUCCUCACCACGAGAUAAAAGUGAGCUCCAAACCGUACCGGAGGACCAACCAUUUGAACUCAAUCCUGCUGAUGCCCGCUCUUCCAAGUUUAUAAAUCCUAUCCAUGUGCCGACGGCAGAUGUUGAGGAGGAGGAGGAUGGUGGGGGACUAGAGGUACUAGGUACCAUGGACUUUGCUGUCACUCGGGAUUUCUCCAUCUUAACGGAUCCACUACGAUCAACAAACAAAGCGAAUGAGAAAAGGAAUGGUCAUUCUCCAAAAGUGAAAAGAAAACUUGACCUCUCAGAUGAAGAUAUCAUUUCUAAAAGUGCAGAGUCAAACCUUCAUGAAAUGUCUGUGCCAGAACUUCAAGAUGAACUGAUUAGGUCCCGAGGGGAGAAAAAACGUUUAAGAAGAUUACUCAGGAAUUUUGAAGAGGAAUUUUUAAAGAAAAAUGAUAGAAAAGUCCAGAGAGAGGACAGAAUUCCUUUGCAAUCAGAAUAUCAAGGUUACAAGCAAACGAAGGCCAGAUUAAAGUUGUUAGAAGCAUUGAUCUCUAAAUAUCAACAGUCCUCAGAUGCGUAGCGAAGGAGUUCUUUCCCCUUUUCAUGCGAUAAACAUUGUAGUGUAUUUUCCGUAUGUGGCCAUUUCCUGUGGUACCAGCCUGACCACGCUAUUUCCUGUGAACUGGUACAGAUCUCACGAGACAUUUCCUUAGGAUGAUGCUAACCUAACAAAGCCUUUCUCGGCUGAAACAGUUGCUGCUUCUGUGAAUACCAGUACAAAUUGCACUAUCUUGCUUAGCAUGUGAAAGCAUAGUAGAAAAACUCUCAACUCUAUGUGGGACACCCAGCGAUUCAGGAAUGUGUAACACUGGAUUUCUCUACUUUCUCUGUGAAUACCAUUACAGUGGCGCUAUCCUGCUCAGUAUGUGACAGCUAAGGAGUAAAACUAAGCUCUUUUUGUGAAGUCCAACAAUUUACGAGGUGUAAUAUAGAACUAUUACCUUAUAUUACCUUGAAGAUCCUACACAACCGGCUGUUGUAAGCAGAUCAUUGAUAAGGACAAAGUUUUGUUGGUCCAGCUAGUAUUUGGGUUUCUUUGUCCUUUGGCAUCUUGGUCCUUGGACUAAAUUUGUAGUCCUACUGAAUGUAUGCAGCUAGGAGUGAUUCACAAGAUAGAACAUAGCAUACUAUCCCAGCUUUAAUAGGGAAAUUAGACUGCUGAUUUGGUCUUUGAUAUAGAAAAUAACAUGUCAUUUUGUUGGAGGGUAAAAAAUUUGCUGAAGACAAGAAUUCAAUUUGCACCCUGGCAAGUAUUUGUCACAGGAAAACAUCAAUUCCAUCUUAAUUUCCUGUUCAUUUCAUAGAUUGGAAAACAACAAUUGGAUCCAGGUUCUAUUUGUUCAUGAUGUAUUAUAAAACAUUACUAAAGUUUAUAAACAAAGACAAUUCAGCUACAGAAAAAACCCAAAGAAAUCACUGUUGUUUGUAGCAAAAAUGUCUUGAUUGUUCAUAGCCAGGUUAGACUACCAGACAAAAUUGGGACCUUGCCAGCCAUCUGAAGGAUGUAAAAUUAAGUUAUCCUGUAAGGAGGUAAAACACGUUCUAUUUAUUGGAGUUGACAAACUAGAGUGAUCAUAUCACAUACCAGAUGACAUUGAGAAAUGCAUUGUGUAAGUAACACAUAUGUAUAACUACAUGUGUGCUAUAUGUAUAUUUUCA